AUGAGAACAAAGAUCGCGUGGCUGUGGUCCAGUACAGUAGAGAUCCAGCCGCAAUUCUAUCUGAACACAUACACAACAAGCAGAGAUUCUCAGCACUGCAAGAGGUCUGAGACACAGGUGGGAGACCUCUCAACACUGGAGCAGCUCUCCAGUAUAGAUCAAGAAGUUCAUUUCUAUCUGAACACAUACACCACAAAGGAGGACAUUCUUAACACUGUGAGAAGUCUGAGGCACAGAGGAGGUAGACCCCUUAACACUGGGGCAGCCCUCCAAUACGUAAGGGACAACGUCCUUACUGCCUCCUCUGGAAGCAGAAGCCAAGAGGGCGUCCCUCAGAUGCUGAUACUGCUGAGUGGGGGAAGGUCCAGUGAUAAUGUUGACAUACCAGCUUCUGCCCUGAAAGACAGUGGGGUCUUGAUCUUUGGCAUUGGAACCAGAAAUUCCAGCAGAGAGGUUCAAGGGAUUGCCACUGAUCCUAGUUUUUCCCAGUCUGUUUCUGAAUUCACUGACCUCCCCAGCAUCCAGGAGCAGUUUUUCUCCACACUCAUAACUGUACAAGUUGAGGCCACACCCAAAACCCCAACAGUCAUAGUGGACCAAAGCAUUGCCAGAAAGGAUGUAGUAUUCCUGCUGGAUGGUUCUGAUGGCACUAGGAAUGGCUUUCCAGCAAUGCGUGACUUUGUUCAAAGAGUGGUAGAGAAACUCACUGUGGAGGAGAACAGAGAUCGAGUCUCUGUGGUCCAGUAUAGCAAAGAAUCAGAGGCCCACUUCUAUUUGAACACUUACACAACAAAGGAAGACGUUGUGGACACCGUAAGAGGCCUGAGGCACAAAGGAGGGAGACCCCUCAACACUGGGGCAGCUCUCCAGUAUGUCAGGGACAAUGUCUUUAUUGCCUCCUCCGGAAGUAGGCGCCUUGAAGGUGUUCCACAGAUUCUGAUACUGCUGAAUGGUGGAAGGUCCUUUGACAAUGUAGAUACACCAGCGUCUGCUCUCAAGGAGCUUGGUGUCUUGGUGUUUGGAAUUGGAACAAGGAGCUCUGAUAGCAGAGAAUUACAAAAAAUAUCCUAUGACCCCAGUUAUGCUCUUUCCGUGUCUGAAUUUACUGACCUCCCCAACGUCCAACAGCAGCUUCUUUCUGCUAUGGGCACUGUCAUUGUACAGGUCACAACCAUGACACCAACAGUAAAACCAACAAUCCUAGUUGAGAGUCAGGCUCCCAGGAGGGAUGUCGUGUUCUUGCUGGAUGGAUCUGAUGGCACGAGGAGUGGAUUCCCAGCAAUGCGGGACUUUGUUCAAGUAGUGGAGACACUCGGUGUGGAUGAGAACAAAGAUCGCGUGGCUGUGGUCCAGUACAGUAGAGAUCCAGCCGCCCAAUUCUAUCUGAACACAUACACAACAAAAGAGAUUCUCAACACUGCCAAAGAGGUCUGA